AUGCCGAGAGAAAUCCCACGACCUCGCUGGAUUGGCGGCGACAGUCGUAACAGCGCUUGGUUUGGCCUGGCCAAGCUGCUCAUGCACGACGAGUACCUGCGAAUUGAAGCCAUCCGGAAGAGCAGACGAGAUCGGGCACGCGCCGCACUACUGACUAAACCAGAUACCGAAGCUGUCGCGGCCAAAACGUCCGAGGGUGAUCGAGAGGGAGCCGAGACGGAGCCGGCCAGAGAGGCGGUCACAGAUGACGACGAAUCGCAUGCAGACGAGGCGGAAGAAGGAGCCGAAGAUGUAAAGGACGAUACAGCGGCUGCCCCCGCGGAUGGCGAGAAACGAACAGAAGGUAAAGGCUCACAGGAUCGGGAAAUUAAUGGAACCCAUGAAUCGAAGAAUUCAGUUAGUUCUCCAGCGCGCUCUGGAAUCCGCUCCGGCAGGGGAAGCAGUGCGAGGUCACGUUGUGGUACCGCUCGAUGCAACAAAAGAUAUCAAGCUCAAGAGAAACCCUCUUCGCGUCCGCGCUCGGGGGCAGCGUCAGCAAGGACGAUGAGUAGCCAGAAAACCGUUUCCCGGGCCUCUGGCGAAGGCGACCAACAAUCACAGCGGCCUUCUUCCUCCCGCCAAAUGGUAGCAGUCUCGCCUCCUUCCUCUCGCCAGAUGUCAGCACUCUCUUCGGCACGGGCCAGGCACGGGAAGAUCAUUGCUGAGCAGCGCAGGAUUGCUGAACAGCGCGGUAUAGCUGAGCAGCGCAAGAGUCAAGAACAGCGCAAUAUUCAAAAUGACCGUCAAGGCUCCAGCCAGUUCCCAUCUCCACGCCCAUCCGCUGUGCACUCAGGCAGAACGGGGAGCGACAGACCCACCAGUGGACACCACAAUACCACCUUCAUUCCCCAGGAGAGUGCGCAGCGUUGCUCCUCAAGCUCGUCGAGAUUUCCUUCCUACAAGCCUACAGUCGCAGAGUGGCGCGAAAGUAUAGGCAAUCCUUACAAGCCAGAGCAGUCAGUAUAUGCCCCGUCUUUUCGGUCAGAUUUUUUAGCCAUACGGGCGAUUAGCUCGCCUUCCACCUCCAGCAGACUUAGUCAAACAACUGCUCUUACAUCUAUCUCGCGAAGGCCGCCGAACCCCCAAUCAUCUUCCACGCCAUCAUGCACCCACCACAACUCACCAUCUGUGCAGCCAGCUGAGCGAACUCUACCACAGCCUGGUUCUCCUGGAGCGUUGCAGUCACAGACAUGGAAUCGGCAUGAAAUACAGACUAUUAUUCCGAAUAACCAGGCCAGGCACAUGUAUGGGCAGCCUCCUCAGCAACCGAUUAUUCCCGUCAGUACGAGAGGACAGCACCGAUCAUCUCCGCCUGCUCCCAACAUUCACCCUGGUACUGGUACCCAGAUCCGAUAUGCCCCAGGACCCUGUCCAGAUGGCAGCGUCUGGAAUGUCCACGCGCAAAGGAGUGGUUCUGUGCAACGUCACCUAUGCAUUGCAUAUCCCUACCCAUAUCAGCUUCCAUUUUUACAGGCUUGCAUCCCCACAUAUGCCGGAGGCUAUUGGGCUCUGGGUCUCUACAGACACCAUUCUCCUACCGCGACAUCAUAUCCGUAUGCGCAACCACCUGCAACCGCUCCGCCUUGUUGGGAGACAGCACUCCCGCAACAGGCACCGACGGCAUACACGUACUGA